AUGCAAAUGUAUCUUUUUUUGAUAUUUUGUGCUCUGUGGGCUCUAGGAACAGCCCAGGAGUUUGUUCCUGGGGUAUGGAGAUCUCAUGUUGAGAGAUCCCAUGAACCCAAUUAUGUCAAUUACGGUGGCUUGUCUGCCUUCAGCGACUCCCAUACUUCACUGCUUUAUUUCGAAGAUAGUUUACAUAUAACAUUUGAUAACAGUAAGAGUUGGCAAACUGUCGAUGUGUUUGGGGAAGAUAUUUCAUGGGUCAUUGUUGAUCAGUUCCACAAGGAGAGAGCCUUCGUAACGACCAAGUCUGGAGGAAUCCAUGUCACGGAAGAUCAAGGAAGAAAUUGGAAGCAAAUUUCUUUACCAGAGGAAAUCGAAGACAAGGAACGUUGUUCUCUGCAGACACAUCCGUUCAAUACAAAUUUUCUAUUGCUACACUGCAGUAUUAUGCACGGUAAUUUCCAACUUGGAACCAAUUCAAAGAAAAGACCAGACUCGUCUUCCUUUAUGGAACGUAUUGCUUACGCUUCUGACGAUGCUGGGAAAAGCUUUAGACGUAUUGGAGAACCAGUUCACGAAUAUGAAGCUACCCCUGAUCUCCAGUACCAUGGCACUACCUGCCAAUUCGCCACUUCAUCGAGAGACUCCACUCUUGAUAGGGACAUCAUUUAUUGUAUCCACAAGGUAGAAGUGAUGACCAACAUGCGAGAAUGGUUUUCACAUACAUAUGGUAUGGACAUUGAAAAGAAAACUUUUUUUAAAAAAAAGUCCUUCGAUCCAGUAUCAAAUACCAUGAGUACCCUGUUUUACACAACUGAUUUUGGUCAAAGUACAAAACUUGUUGAUGAGUUAAAAGACUUCUCUACAGAAGAAAUAUGGAUUUUUCCCUCCCACAUUCUAGGAAUUAGUUCAGAAGGUAAUGAACUUGAUCAUACUGCAGAAAGGAUUUGGGUUACUACGGGCGGGCCUUUUAAACAUGCGCACCUACCCAAGGGAGCAGUCUUUUCACCAAAUAGCAUUCCUGAACUACUCUCAUAUGACCCAGAGUUGAUAUUAUUAUAUGCUGAUGUGGAAGAAAAUGAAGGACACGGUAAAUCUAAACAUUUGUUGGUUUCAGAUCCUUCUGGUCUCGAGUUUUCUUUUUUCGACUCCAUAACACAAGAACCCUCGAACCAUGUGAACCUGGAAAAGCUAGACAAACUCAAGGGAACAAUAUGGGGUAGAUUCAGUUUUGACGUGGAUCUUAAUCGGAGCAAAGUAGAAAACAUGUAUGAGACAUAUUUUCAUGAGAAAACCAAUUGGUUUCAAAAAAUUGUUAAAUUUAUAAGGAAUAAUUUAUUCUACAAAAAUUCCUGCCCUCACAUGGAAUCUUUCCCCUUUAUCGGGUAUAAACGAUUUUCCAAGAGUAAAAUAAGCUUUGAUUAUGGGAAAACUUGGAACAAUUUGAAAGUUGUAGAUCCUUCUGGAAAACAUAAACAACGUUUUCAUUGUGAUAUCGAUGACGUAGAACACUGUUCUUUCCAAGAAACUUCCUACUUUUCAUCAGUUGAAAAUGAACCAACGGCUGGUAUACUUAUGAAAACCGGUGUUGUCGGAGAAAACGUCCUGAGUUUAGAUGACGACGAUGAAAUGACAUUUAUUUCACGAGAUGGCGGUGCUUCUUGGGAAGUGGUGUUUGAAUUUCCCGUGUAUGCAGCAUUUUUGGAUUUUGGGAAUAUUAUCGUUUCUAUACCGAAGACUUCUCCACAAGACUGGUCAUUGAAGAAAUUCUUUUAUUCUGUGGAUCAGGGAAAUAAUUGGAGAGAAUAUCACCUCGAGGAACCUACGGAUGCAUUUCAUAUUAAAAUUGUUAGUAGGGGUUCCAACGUUGAGGUAGGUUUAGGCCAUAAAACCAAGCAGUCAACUGAAUAUACCUUUUACACAAUAGACUUUUCGGAAGUGUUUGGCGGAAGUACCUGUACCGAUAGAGAUUGGGAAACAUGGUAUUUGUCUGAUGGCAAGUGCAUUGAUGGUAUCAAGUACAGCUUUAACAGAAAGAAGGCGGAUGCCCAAUGUUUGAUGAGGAAAACAUUCGAGAAUCUAACACUAAAUGAGGAGAGUUGUGAGCCUAAAGACAUCCAAAGUAGUAUUUAG